UCUUUUCUGGUGUCAGGGAUAUUAAAAGGGUGAUAGUGGAGUCAAUGGUUAGCUGCAUUUUUAAUUCUUUAAAAUUUUUCCUCUUUUCACUCUUCAUUUUAAAAUACCCAAGUGAAGUAUGAGAUAGGGAACCUGGAGCUUGAAGACAUUGGUAGUGGAGGGGUGAGUCAGCGAGUGCAAAAGCACUAGGUUCCUUGGAGAGACGGUGGCUCUCGCCCCCAACCCGUGAAGCAGCAGAAAGCUCCCGAGAGCGAAGCUGUGGCUAUCGCUCCCCCCGCGCGCCAGCGGGUGGCUCGGCAUCCGCGCUUCAGGAGAACGCCGGCAAGCGCCGCUCGGAGCCUCUUGGGUUUCGACAAAUAUUUCACACCCAUGUACCCCGGCCCGUGAGCCAAAAGCUGGAGCCAGCAGGAACCUGCAGUGGUGCGGACGAGCUGCGGGGAACUGAGGACGGCAAGCAGAGCCCAGUCAUCAAGGCGGCUUUUGUGCACCGACGGCCGACGGCCGACCUGUGCUCCCCUGUGGUUGAGAGAAGCCUGGCGCUGCAAUUUUGAAUUCCAAAUUACGUACACAAUGCUCAAUCUUCAGACAGUGCUGAAAAGCCCACUCGUCUCAUUGUAGGACUGCAAAGCUCCUCCCGGAGCUUCACGCCCAGCUUCACGCCCCCGCGCCCCCUCCAAGUAACUCCGGGAGCGCGCAGCAGGUGGAGAGGGUCUCCGGGCUGCCGCGACUGGCCUUGGUCAUGCCGCUGGUAACCCCCGGCUCCUUAGCUUGGCCCUCCAAGGGUUCCCAGGGCCGCCCCCGGCUGUUUACCAUUCUCAUGUCCUCUCCCUCCACCAGCCAAACCUAGCUGGCAGGGCCAUCCGGCGCGGGGGAGACCUUUUGACUCCUCAUUGCCUCGCUCGCGUCUCCGCCCCCGCCCGAGGGUGGCCCUUGACAGCCGGAGCUCUCCGGCCCCGGCCCCGGCCGGGACCAUGGUGUUUCUCUCCGGAAACGCUUCUGACAGCUCCAACUGCACCCACCCGCCGGCACCGGUGAACAUUUCCAAAGCCAUUCUGCUUGGGGUGAUCUUAGGGGGCCUCAUCCUCUUCGGGGUCCUGGGGAACAUCCUGGUGAUCCUUUCUGUGGCCUGUCACCGGCACCUGCAUUCGGUUACCCACUACUACAUCGUCAACCUGGCCGUUGCUGACCUCCUGCUCACCUCCACCGUCCUACCCUUCUCCGCCAUCUUCGAGAUCCUGGGCUACUGGGCUUUCGGCAGAGUCUUCUGCAACAUCUGGGCGGCGGUGGACGUCCUGUGCUGUAGCGCGUCCAUCAUCAGCCUGUGUGUGAUCUCCAUUGACCGCUACAUCGGCGUGAGCUACCCACUGCGCUACCCCACCAUCGUCACCCAGCGCCGGGGCCUGAGGGCCCUGCUUUGUGUCUGGGCCGUCUCCCUGGUCAUCUCGAUCGGGCCCCUGUUCGGCUGGAGGCAGCCAGCCCCAGACGACGAGACCAUCUGCCAGAUCAACGAGGAGCCGGGCUACGUGCUCUUCUCGGCGCUGGGUUCCUUCUACGUACCUCUAACCAUCAUCCUGGUUAUGUACUGCCGGGUCUACGUGGUAGCCAAGAGGGAGAGCAGGGGCCUCAAGUCCGGCCUCAAGACAGACAAGUCUGACUCCGAGCAGGUGACGCUCCGCAUCCACCGGAAAAAUGCUCCCACGGGGGGCAGCGGGGUGGCCAGCGCCAAAAACAAGACGCACUUCUCCGUGCGGCUCCUCAAGUUUUCCCGGGAAAAGAAAGCGGCCAAGACGCUGGGCAUCGUGGUCGGCUGCUUCGUCCUCUGCUGGUUGCCGUUUUUUCUGGUGAUGCCCAUCGGGUCUUUCUUUCCUGAAUCUAAGCCCCCAGAAACUGUUUUUAAGAUAGUGUUUUGGCUUGGAUACCUAAACAGCUGCAUCAAUCCCAUCAUAUACCCGUGCUCCAGUCAAGAGUUCAAAAAGGCCUUUCAGAAUGUCUUGAAAAUCCAAUGUCUUCGCAGAAAGCAGUCUUCCAAGCAUGCCCUGGGAUAUACAUUGCAUGCCCCGAGCCAGGCUGUGGAGGGGCAGCACAAGGAUAUGGUGCGCAUUCCAGUGGGCUCUGGAGAGACCUUCUAUAAGAUCUCCAAGACAGACGGAGUCUGUGAAUGGAAAUUUUUCUCUUCCAUGCCCCGUGGAUCUGCCAGGAUUACAGUGCCCAAAGACCAAUCAGCCUGCACCACAGCUCGGGUGAGAAGCAAAAGUUUUUUACAGGUCUGCUGCUGUGUAAGGUCCUCAACCCCUAAUCUUGAAGAGAACCAUCAAGUUCCAACCAUUAAGAUACACACCAUCUCCCUCAGUGAAAAUGGGGAAGAAGUUUAGAGGACAGGGAAGGGCAACUGAAAAGGGGCGCCAUCUUAGCUACCACUGCCCCCUUCCCACUUGGAAAGCCUGUUCACUUCUCCUGCAAAACAAAACAGGCCCAGCAAGUGAGGGAACCACCUGGGAAUGGGAUGGGGAGGACUCAACUCAUCAGACAUCAGGUAGGGCACAAGGAGCUGCCAGUUCAGAGUGAUGCUGAAUAGCAUUUCCCUGCAGCCAGUGUGCCCUCAGUCAUUCUCUGAUCCCACUGUCCACAACUAGCCCUUUCAAUGAAAAACACCAUGGGAAACAGAAUUUCAUACACAACCCAAAAGACUAUAAAUAUAAGAUGAUGAUUUCAUCAAGAGUAUUUUGAGCACAUGCUCUAAGUUUGGAGUUAUUUCUUGAUGGAAGUGCAGAGAUUUUAUUUUCAGGCUAAACCUACUUGACAGCCACAUUUGGCAUUUAUGAAAAACAAUUCUAGAAAGGAAGAGUUGUAAGACAAUGGCUGAUAUCCAGGUUCAUUAUCUUUAGAGUAGGUUUGUGAACUCCACUCUUUCCAAUCCAUCCAGUUUCUCAGUUUGGAUGACAGUUGACAGUGGGGUAUACUUGGCUGCUCCUUGUUUCCUAAACAUGGCAGAGAGGUGUACUCAUCAUGUCUCAGAAUACAAUGGUUGCACACUCUCUGCUCUUGGGUCUAGAAGGGAUGGAGAAAACCAGUCAAGUGGAACAUGGCUUUUUCCACAGAAGACAUUAGUCUUCAGGCUCAUUUUUUUUUCAACUACUAAUGACAAAACCUGUUCAGAUUACAAGAUCAGAUGAAAGAAGAUGUCUUUUGUAACAUAUUUAAAAAUCAAGAGAUUGGGAUGAGGAGGAUACUGAUUUCAUGCUCAAAUAGAUGCUUCCAAAUGGCCCCACCAUCUUUUUUGACAUGUCCUGGAAUGGUUCUGGACAAAUCACUUAUUUCCUCCAGAACUGUUAUGAGAACCUACAACCUAUCAUAUUUUGGAAGAAAAAAUAGUGCUUCCAUUUUCUUCUCAUCUACUUCAUUUAAUGAAUUGGGUUCACCUAGGGCAUGUUGGAAUGAUCCUUGUAACUCAGAUAUAUCCUUCCUGAACUUUGACAGAUGUUCAUACUUAGCUUUGGACAGAUGCUGACUGAUCACCAAAGAACUGUUUAAAGCAGUAGUUUGCAGACAAUGUCUGACAGAACUUCACUAAUUUUGGAAAAAGAUCCAGCAGUCUGUUCGCCUCACCUAUCCCCACUUUCUUCAGGGACAUGGAUAACAUCAGAAUAUUUUGUUCUAUAUAUACCAAAUUUUUGGAAAUCUUAAUAACUUGGUAUAUUGCGAAUGUGGAAGAUGGUAACUAUAUAUAAAAUUUUAAAUAUGCCUGUCAAUCCACAAACAGAAUUUAAAAUAGAACUUAGGUUUUGGGAACCAUUUUUGGCAAGAAUAACUGAUCUAUAACUACUGGCCAUUUCCAGGUUCUCUUUCCCCUCUUUUGGCAAUGUCCUCUA